CCUCUUUUGCACAUCGCGCGGGACGGUGUGAAAACAUUCGUCACGCGAUACACACGCUGCAAAGUCAGCGAGUGCUGCCUACUGAAAGACGCAUGCGUUAUCUUCGAGAAAAAGAAAAAAAAGUCUGUGGGGACGUCUUUUAUUCCCUGGAGGACCUCGCCCGCCACGAGGAACAUGAGAUGUGCCACUCUCGCUGUUCUUCCUACUGCGAGGGUGUUGAGGCACUUGAGAACUGGACGAGAUACACCGGGUCUGCCGCAUCUGUCGUGCAGUUGCAUGCCUUGUACCACAACGUCCUCUUGAGCACCACAGACUUCAACGACACGGCGGUGAACUACUUUUCCCUUCUUUUUGAAACUGUCUUGGAUGACGUGGAUCGGGGCGUAUUCUCGACCUGUGCUGAAUUGUGUAUUCCAUCCAAGAAAGUGGUUGCGGAAAUGAAAUUCUUUGCUGGCGUCCUUGGGAUUCUUGAUCACACGCCGGAAGCAAAUGCGGGAGUCAAUAAAUUAAGUGCGGUUUGGUGGGAUCGUGCCCGACACGCGUAUCUACACAUUUGGGACGCCUCACGUGCCGGUUCACGACGUGCCACAGCUGCCCUUGCAACGAUGAAGGAGCAUGGAAUUUUAGCCCAGCAACAACGUCGUGUAGCGGCAGUGCUGUUGUCCACGCUGCUGUUGGAGAAGCACGCCUACUUUUGGAGACAAGUUAUGAGCGUACGCGCGCAAAGCUCGGGGGAGGCGGUACCGUCGUCGCAAAGGCUGUUACGGUUUGAGCGAUUCUUUGCGGAAGAAAAUGGUUGGAGAUUAGUCAAUGAACCAUUUCUCACGCGCAAUCGUAUCAAGGCAUUCCGUUCGGAAAUUGACGAGGAAGACGAUACGGAAUCCAGCGUCCCCCCAGAUGAGAUUCCCCUGAGCAUCCUGCAAAACAUCUUCUUGGCGCAGCUGCACAUUGCUGGGAUUAAGGGAGUGCCCCGGGAUUUAAAACGUGCUGAGUGUCUUCUUUUGCUACUGCUUCGAAAACUGCGGUACACGUGCGAUGCACCACAUUUGGAGGAAUUGGAUAAAAAAUAUUUUUCGGAAGAUGGCGGGGGCGGCGCAUGCGAAGAACAUUUCCAGAAGUUGUACCUGCUUCGAAGGAGUGGGAUUUCCAUGGGACCCUGUGGACUUCUCAAUGCAACGAGUGGAUUCAAACUGCACCCGAGUUUACGGCUAAUAAGAAGUUCAAAGAAAAUUCAUGAGGUGGUCCACAGAAUAUUGGUGCUGCUGGCCUAUAUUCACCUUUUAAAUGGACUCCAGUACGAUAUGGCUGCCAAGUAUGCUUUUUUGGCCUUGGAGGUCAGCGCUGCGGUGUUUUUCUCCGCAACGGCUGAGCUACCCAAGGAUGUGAAGCAUAAUUUUGUUGUGGGUAACAUCAGUCACAAUGAGAAGCUUGUAAUGUUAAAGAAUAAGAAUUGGCCGGCAAAGGAUUUGUUGAUGAACGCUCUAAGGCGUGGUGAUCCUCUGGAUUCGUUGUUUGACUUCACGAGGUCUGGGUUUUUGUCAUCUGAGAGUCUUGUGCUUCUUGCCAUGAGUGCCUUUCGGGGCGGUGUGGCGGCGCAGCGAUACAUUUGUUUCACGACCGAACGCUUUUUUGGUGCUCGUUCAUGCGUGGAGAAAAGCGGUAGGGCGCCUUGCCGCACGCAGUGGACCUUUUUUCUUCUCCGGGAGGCCUCACGUCUGUGGGCGGAUGAGGCGAAAAUCCCUGGCAUUUUGGACCGUAGCUAUCCAUCCCCACGUCUUGUUGACGCGUUCUUUCUUAUGGCGUCUUUGCUAAAAGGUGGGAAAAUCACUGUUGACGAUAUACGCGAGGGGGAAUUGUUUACUUCGCCUCGGUACGCUUCAGGCGGCUCUCCCCCUUUUCAGCCUUCUGGGAGCGAUACAUCUGAGAGUUAUAGGAACAGGUUGCUGCGGUUUGCAAGAAGGGUGUCGCCCUUUGCGUUACCGGGACGUCGGGUCAUGGUGUACGCUAAGAAUUGGCAAUACUUUAUCACUCGUGCCACGCCCCCGCGGAAAUUACGUGUUCUUCGCGCAGCCGUGCAAUCUUUCCUAGAAGAACAUGACAUAAAUCCUCUUUUGGCCGUU